GACCAAGUCUCAACGAAGCUCGAACCCCGGACUUUCUCCUAUUCCUCUUAUUAACCUCUUUCCCCAACCUGCUAGUACCGAGAGGCCUCCUUUGUAUUUCAGUCGUUCUCUACCUCGUUUGCUCUUCCUGUUGUGAUCUCAGAUUUCGUUGACCUUACUCUCUCUUCUCUGAAUCUAAAGAAGAGAAGAUGUCGGCUUCAAAGACGUUCUCUUUCUCUGAGAUCUCGACCCACACAUCCAAGGAUGAUUGCUGGCUGAUAAUCCACGGCAAGGUUUAUAAUGUCACCGAUUUCUUAGAGGAUCAUCCAGGAGGAGAUGAUGUUCUUCUUCAGGCCGCAGCUAACGGUGAUGCCACCCAGUCAUUUGAGGAUGUGGGUCACAGUUCCACUGCAACAAGUAUGAUGGAAGGAUUCCUGAUUGGUUCCAUUCAUGUCGACGAGCUCCCAAAUGAAAACCAGGCUAGAGCUACAGAUCCAUUUUUUGCUAAUAAGCCUCAGGAGAUGAAACAGGCUACUUCUUCCACCAGUUUCAUGGAUAUCCUCCUUCCUUUGCUUAUCUUGGCCUUAGCCUUCGCUGCUUGGUAUUACCUUACAUACAUUAAUGUCAAUGCUUGAAUGAAUCAUCUAUCUUACUGUAUUUGUUUUAUAAUUAAUGGAUUGUUCCACUUGUUCUGUUUUAAGAAUUGUGUCCGUCCUACUUGUAAAAGGUGAAUCCUUCAUGAAUUGAAGAUUUUUAUAUCUUUUAUAUUGGAUUUUGAAUUUGAAUU